CCGCUCGGCCGCUGAUUGCUCUGGCCUGGCCGCCAGCCCCGGCGCCGAUGGCCGAGCGCGUCGCUGCCGCGUCCCCGCGCAGCACCUCCCUCGCGCUCCCGGUCGCGGCGCUUGUCCUCCGGCCUGGCGGCUCCCGCGUCCCGCCCGGCUCCGCGGCGGCCUGGCCCGAUGGCGCCUCAGCGAAGGGGCGCGACCAAGGCGCCCGAGGGCAGCGGGGCGGCCGAGCGCCGGCGCCGGAUCAGCACCAAGAAGGAUCGGGUGCCCCGGGAGGCACAGAAGAGGUGGCUGAGGACUGCGGGCCUGGGGGCCGGCUUGGCGUUCUCUGCGUUCCUGCUCUGGAGCAGUCUGGGGACUGACGACGGUGUCGCCGAGGUCCUGGCCCACCGUGGUGAAGUCUUGGCGGGCAGAUUCAUCGAGGUGCCCUGCUCUGAGGACUACAACAGUCACCGAAGGUUCGAAGGCUGCACCCCCAGGAAGUGUGGCAGAGGCGUGACCGACGUCGUCAUCACCAGGCAGGAAGCGGAGCAGAUUCGCAGCAUAGCUGAGAAGGGGCUCUCGCUGGGAGGAUCUGACGGAGGGGCAUCCAUUCUGGACUUGCACUCGGGGGCCCUGUCUGUCGGGAAGCACUUUGUGAACCUGUACAGAUACUUCGGGGAUAAGAUACGAACCGUCUUCUCGGAAGAGGACUUCCGCUUGUACCGGGACGUGCGGCAGAAGGUGCAGCUCACGAUUGCCGAGGCCUUUGGCAUCCGCCCGUCCGCCCUGCACCUGACGAAGCCCACGUUCUUCUCCCGCAUAAACAGCACGGCGGCGCGGACGGCGCACGACGAGUACUGGCACGCGCACGUGGACAAGGUGACCUACGGCUCCUUCGACUACACCUCGCUGCUGUACCUCUCCGACUACCUGCAGGACUUCGGCGGGGGGCGGUUCGUGUUCAUGGAGGAGGGGGCCAACAAGACGGUGGAGCCCAGAGCUGGUCGGGUCUCCUUCUUCACCUCGGGGUCCGAGAACCUGCACCGGGUGGAGAAGGUCCACUGGGGCACCCGCUACGCCAUCACCAUCGCCUUCACCUGCAACCCCGACCACGGCAUCGCGGACCCCGCCUUCCCGUAGCCGCUGCUGGGCUGGGCGAGGACCCUGUUCCCCGCACCCUCGCGUUCAGGCUCCUGGGCCAGGCGAACACGUGCCGCGCCCUCCUGUUUCCUGUCUCCACGCACAGAGUGCCUUAUGGGUAAUGCGGGAUUGUGAUUUGCCAGUGUUUUAACCUCACCUGUGAGUAAAUCAAGGACCAGCCUUUCACCUCACCUGCGCUGUGUGUGCUGUGCCAUGCUGCCAGCUGCCGGCGGGGAAGCCCCGAGAGCCCCACCCUGCCCCGCCUCCGUCAAGGAAGGACAGACCUGGGCAGAGAUUCCCGUCUGUGGACAGAGGGCUGGUUUGUCUGGGCCUCGUCCAAAUCUAGAAACCACCCCGGCCCAGCGAGGACCGACUGAGGCCUCUGCAGACUCUCGGUGGGGCCGGUGCAGGCGCGGGGCCAGCGGCUCCCACUCUGGGCGUGGAGUCAGCAAAUCGCGACAGCUCUGGGGACGGUUUCGGUGAGCGGGCGGCUCUGGGGGCAGCAGCAGGCUCCUCCUGGGGUGGGGGUCUGCUGGGUUCCAGGUGUCCCCACGGCUCUGCAUCUGCGCCCCAGCCAGCCCGAGAAUUUCCUGGGCAGGUGGGCUCGCCAGGCCACACCCUGCCCUGCCGCUGGCCAGAGUCCCCAGUGAUCAGAGUCCAAGUGUUUUCCCACCAAGGAGGUCCUCAAUGUCCCUGUCCCCAGCCCCUACGGGCCUCCUGCCCAGCUGCAGCUCUGUGUGUGGGAGAGGCCUGGGCUGGAGGGGAGGGGACAUGCCCGUCAGCCUGGCUUCCGCCAGGGUCUGGUGUGGUCUCACGGCCACCCCAGAGGUGACUGUCCUGGGGUUGGGGCCCGUUCCCUGGAGAAGUCAGAGCCAGACUCUGCUGGCUGCCCUGACCCAGGCUGUCCCUCUGUCCCCCAGCGGGGACACAGGCACCUGAGCCUGAUGCGGGUGCCUAUGCUGCAGGAGGCUGCCACCCUCGGCCACUGUCAGACCCUGGCGCUCCAGGCUGGGGGCUCAUGGAGAAAGGGAGGGAAUUCCUGGCCCCUGGAGCAGGACGUGAGGACAGCUGAGGCUCUGUGAGCCCCCUGGAGCUGCACCCCCGUCCGUCCAGGCCGUUCCUGCGCCGGGUGCCAGGCCCAGGGCCGUGUGGGUCGUGCUCCCUGUUUCCAGCAGGUUCCACUGUCAGACGGGAGCCCUUCUGGGUCAGGGCUGUGGGCUCUGGGCAGGAGCACUGAGGCCCCACGUCCUCCCACGUCCUCCUGGGUGGGACGCUGGAGCCAGGGUCCGAUUUCAGGGAAGAACAGGGCUCCUCUCGGGGCGGCUGCCCCGUGGAUGCCCUCUGGCCCAGGCAGGGUCCUCGGUCUCGUGCUGGGAGCUGCCCCUCCCCGGGCAGGGUCACCUGUCAUCAGCUGCUCCCAGUCUCGGCUUCCAGGGUCCCCCUGCUGGGAUCCUCAUGGGGACAGAAAAGCUUCGUGGAAGCAGAUUUUGUUCUGUGACCCCGGCGCCACCUCACUGCCCGAGUCCCCUCACUGCGUCUGAGGGACGAACACAUUUAGGAAAACAGGCGUGCGGUUGGUUGUAGGUUAAAAUGCUUCCAAGAGAAGUAAAUAUUCAUUUGAUUUUCAUCCUUUGCUACUUAUACUAUUUCUGGUAAUCACACAGGUACUUGGACAAAGACAAAUAUAUCUGGGCAAAAGUAAGAAUUUCCUUCUCCUAGGGUGAGACAAUAUGUAGCCACAAAAGCAGACCCUCCGCCCAGGCUCCUCCCCAGAGGGACCCCGAGUUCCCGCCCGCUGGUGCCGGCCGGCGAGCGGCUGUUCCCGGAGCUGCACAGUCAUCGCUUCUGCCAGAAGGUUCGAAGUUUGGUGACAGUUUGUCCCAGGGAAAAAUUGGAGUCAGGAGUGUCCUCUGAUGAAUGAUUUAUUUUUGAAAUUUAUUUUUAAAAUAAAAGUGAUGUUUUAAAUCAAA